AUGCCGCCCACAUAUCCGCCAGAUGCUGAUGAUGAUGCCAAGAGUGCUUUACUUGAUGCCUUUGAGGCUCAGAUGGAGAGCUACUGGUCUGAUCUUAGUCUCUAUGAGACUUGGCUGUGCAAGGAGAAAUCUGCCAAGGCUAUCUUACUUGCGAGCAUGGAGAUCGAUCUCUCACGGUCCCUCAGAGGUCUCGCCACCUCACACCUCAUGUGGGAUCACCUCCGUCACAGUUAUGAGAUCUGUAACGAGGCGAUGUACCUUGCUGUUGUUGAGGAGGCUCAGUCACUUCGUCAACUUGACUCUACAGUCGAGGACUUCCACCAGGUGAUGCCUGAGCUGCGAGCUGAGGAGACACGUCUUCGAACUCGGGGCGAAGCCGAGAGAGAAACUCAUGAAGGCAAAGGGUGUCUCUCUGGUCCCGGUGAUAGUCACAACACCAACAAGUACCACCACCACAGAACUCAGCACCCAAACUAUCCGGGCGAUGCCAGACAUCUAACACCCCCUUUUGAAACAAAAGGUGCAGAGGUGAUGCCUGAGCUACGAGCUGAGGAGACACGUCUUCGAGCUGCGGGUGUGAGUUGUGCUCCACCACAGCCCUCCGUCCUGGCAGCCACACCUCCACAGGCCUCCCCGCCUCUGUCUCAGCCCUCUCCUGUGGUGGCGGGGGUACCUUCUGGUGUUCAAUGUGGGUACUGCAAGCUCUAUGGCCAUGAGGAGAAGGAUUGUCGCAAGAAGCAGUGCGACCGACAGGGGCAUCAUAGCAGGCGCUCCUCUCAGGGCUCCUCCAAGGGCACUCGUUUCGUGUCUGCAGCGGAACAAGAGGUUCUUGCCCUAUUUCGUCGCCUUACUAUUGCAGCUCAGGCCUCUGCUCCCGGGACUACUGCUCAGUCUGCUUCCGAGACUACUGCUCAGGCUUCUUGUUCUGCUGCUCCUCCUCCUCCUCCGUCAGGUACGUCAUCCCCAUGGUUCCUCGACUCUGGUGCCUCUUUUCAUAUGACACCCCAUUCAACACACAUUGGCGUUGAUGCUUUCUAUAUGAGAUUGCAGGUGCAAGAUCAGGUUGUGACCCUCCACCAUGUGCCUUCAGAAGUUCAGCUAGCGGAUUUCUUCAUCAAGGCACAAGACACGGGCCCAACAUAG